UAGGAGGAGGGCAGGCCUGCUGCACUCUGGCUGGGAUCCAUACUUAACACAUAAUCUAUAUUAUCUUUAGUCUGCAUGUUGACACAUUCCGGAUACGCUCAGUAAAUAACCACAGAGACAAAGUAAGGGUAUCCCCCUGACAUUGGCCUCCAUCGAGCAAGUUGUCAUGUUUUGAUAAGAGACCGAGGGUGGUGAGGUCAUCGUCUAGACUCCUUAUCUUUACAGCCAUUUAAAGGAAAACUGCUAUACUGAAGACUGACUUGAGUAUCAGGUGACUGAAAGUUGCUACAACACGAGGAUGGAGACAGAACCAAAUCCAGAAGAAGGAGCCAGCGCUCCAGACAAUUCCAAGGAAGAAGGAAGUCUGGACACAUCAGGGUUUGAAACAACUGCUGAGCGUCUGGUGGAGCUGAUAAACAGCAUGGAGGUGAUGCUUUUGGACGUGGAGCAGUUGAGGACCACCUGCAGCGAACAGGUUUCUGAGCUGACGCAUGCGGCAGCAGACCUCAGGAAGCAGCAAGAGGACCUUAAAGAGAGCUACUCCGAGCUGUCCCGAGAAAUACAGGAAAUCGUGGAAUCAAUGGACGACCUGUUCAGCACCAAGAGUGCCUUUGAACCUCAAGAGAAGCAAACACAGAAGCUGAACCAGCAGCUUUGAGGGACAAAAAGUGACUGGCAGAUUUAGCUUCUCUUUGUAUCGUGUUUGGGAUUGUGGUUUUGAGUUUGGAUGCUUACAUUUUGAAUGGAUGGGUCGGUGAUGGGGCGAGAUGCUGAAGUUUGACAUCGCUGAAUCGUGCUUUAUUGUCUUUGUGAAGAUUUUUGUCAUUGAUUGCUAAGUCUAGCAACAACAAUAUUUUUUCUUAUUUUUAUAAUAUAAUAUCACUGACUUUAUAUAUAUAUAUAUAUGAAUGCUGGAUUUUCCCUUAAAAUAAUAGUUUCAUUCAAACAUUAACAAUAUGAACCCAACGAAGGCACAGUUUAUUGCCUUUCUUUUUUGUUUGAUUGCUAUGUACUUGCAUCUUAAAGGCGAUGACAAGAGACUAUAACGGCUCCUCUAGUAUUGCAGCUCAUUGGCACAGGAACGUUGAUGUUCACUGAUUCCCGGUGUUCCUUGUCCUCCAUGCUACGUUCACAUCCAGGCCAUGCUCCACUGUGGUUUCUUGCUAAAAAUAAAACUAAAUAGAGCUUUAAACCUAUGUUUACCUCCCACUAGCUCCCCUGUUGUGAUUUACUCGUCUGUAUUUAGUGGUUACAGGAUGUGUGAAGGAGACAAUCAAUGGUGAGACACUUCAGAAAAGGCAAUCAAUGGAAAAUUCCCUUUCACACUGAGUCACGUUUUAGUGCGCUUCGCAAAUAAUACAACUUUAAGAUAUGUUGCAGAGAUGUAUUUAAAUUGCACGUGAUGACACAUGUAACCUCCUUUAUAUUAUGAAAUGAACCAAACUUUGAUGAUGUUCCAUUUCUGCAUGAAUCUAUACAUUGCCUCUACAUUUGCAUACUUUCUGUACCUCCAAAACAUUUGUGUGAAUAAAAAGACUUGAUGUAAAUUAACAACAUGAGUCUCGGUACGUGGAAGUUCUAACUUCAGACAUUCUGCUCCAGCAAGAAACAUAUUUACGAUCAAAACAGAACAAAAAAAAUAGAAAACCAGUGUUUCUCUUAGUGGUUGCAAUCUGACACUUUAUGGGCUGUGGUGUCAGUAAGCACUGAGAGGGUGAUGGAAGAAGAAAUGCUGGGUGUCGUUGCCUGCUGUCACUGCUGAAGGGCACAUCCCACCGUACAGCUAGUCAGCAAGCUGGGAAUUCACUUCAAUCAGUAGUUCAGCAGUGGUUUCAGGUGAACAUGAAUAUCCUGCAAGUCCUGGGACUCCUACAGCUGCUGGCUGUACCUGCUUUUACAUUGACACGUUCGACCCACGACUACUGGGGUGAGUUUGGAGCCUAUGGACCCUGCAGCCGCAGCUGUGGCACAGGGGUGGCAGUGAGAACCAGGAAAUGUAUUACUUCAAGGACAGAUGGUGGACAUAACUGCAUAGGAUCCUCCAAAUCAUUCCGCACCUGCAAUACACAUGAAUGCCCAGUGAGCUCAAGGGAUUUCAGACAGGAGCAGUGCUCCCAGUUUGACAGAAUGGACUUUAAUGGAAAACGCUACACAUGGUUGCCUUAUUGUGGAGCAGCUAAUCCAUGUGAGCUCAACUGUGUCCCGAGAGGAGAGGAUUUCUUUUACCGACACAGAACUGCAGUGGUAGAUGGGACCCCGUGCUAUGUGGGCCGCAGUGAUAUCUGUGUGGAUGGCGUCUGCAGGAUACUGACCCGUGGAGAGUUUAUGGGCUUGGAUGAAGACACUAACUCAGUACACUCCUCUGCUCCAGUUGUUGUUGCUGCUCCUCGUCCAACAGAGACAUUCACAUAUGUCUAUAGAGCUAGUGUGUUUGGCGAGUGCUCUGCCUCGUGCAGCGGAGGCAUGCAGCAUCGUAGUGUGGAGUGUGUAGUUGAGGACUCAGUGAACCCCCAUGUGGUCGACGAGACUUACUGCAUUGCCCAGCGCCUGCAAAGGCCACCGAGUCAGCAGGCCUGCAACAUGCAUCCAUGUACUGCAGAGUACAGCGUGUCCAGCUUCAGUAGAUGUUCAGCAACCUGUGGAGAAGGACAGCAGACAAGGGAAGUUGUUUGCGUUGGACCAGGAGGCGAACAUCUGCCUGAUCAUGCAUGCAGUGGACUGGUUCGACCUCCUUCUGUCCAGGCCUGCCGCAGACCUGCCUGUUACACACGCAUAACCUGGCAUAUGACAGAGUACGGCCUGUGUUCGAGAAGUUGUGGUGGUGGUGUGAGGGAGAGGAGAGUUGCCUGUUUUGACACUGAUUUGAACCCCUACCCUGAAGAUCGUUGUGGGUUAGCUCACAGACCACAUUCUGUGGAGGAAUGCAACACGCAGCCCUGCCCUGGGGUGCAAACGGCCCCAAGUGUGCAGGACCCAAGGCCAGGUGGAAGCACUAUUAGAGGAUUUGUGCCCCAUAUUCCAGAAGAACCUUCAGUUUCAAGGCCAGCUACAAACAGUGUGUAUGACUCUUACCCUAAUGAGGUGAGACCUCACUGUACGCAGUCGCCUUACGGCUGCUGUCCUGAUGGCCGUACCUCUGCCACGGGGCCCAGGAACCUGGGAUGCUCACAAGAAUGUGUCCGCACUAGGUAUGGCUGUUGUUUGGAUGGGGUGACACCCGCUCAAGGAUUCGGACAGGCUGGCUGUCCUGAGUACCAGACUGUGCAGCACCCAUCACCCACUCCUCCAUCCACUGGCAAUUUGUGCUCCCUGCCUCGUGAUGAGGGCCCCUGUGAGACCUGGACGGUCCGGUUCUGCUAUAAUCCUGCCACUGCCAAGUGUACCGAGUUCUGGUAUGGAGGCUGCCAGGGCAAUCCCAACAACUUUGUGUCCCUGGAGGCAUGCCAACGAGAGUGUGGAGGUGUGGCGAGGGUGCCUGUAUCCACAUCUCCAAGAGAAACUACAAGGAGAGUGACACUCAGGGACCUUCUGAGAGCAAGGCCAUAACCACACAUGUCACUGAUAUCUCCAAAAGUGCCCAGUCAUGCUCUCUGUUUGAAGAAAAUCAAGUGAUUUUGGUACACAAAUGUAGCCUAUAGUAUACACACCAAAUAAAGAAAAAAAGAACAACAAACCACAUUACAUAUUUCAUUUAAAAAUAUGAUUUGCCAUCACAAAUAUUAUAGCUAUUUUUCCUGGUUUCACUGUCUUUCAGUUUGUUUUUGUGAUCU